AUGGCCAACCAAAGAAGACCAUCAAAUGUUUCGAAAGUGCACCCUAGCUCCUCUGAAGAGGAGGGCGCAGCGGUCACGCAGCUGCAAGGAAUUAAUCUACAGCAGCUGAAACAAGACAAAGCAUAUAAAAAAGACCAGCCAGCCCUGCUAGAACAGCCAGCCCUGCCAGAACAGACAGCAAUGCCAGAACCGCCAGCCCUGCCAGAACAGCCUGUCAUGCCAGAACCACCAGCCCUGCCAGAAAAUCCAGUCCUGCACGAACAGCAAGCCCGGCCAGAACAGCCAGCCCUGUCAGAACAUCCAGCCUUGCCAGAACAGCCAGCCCUGCCAGAACAGACAGCAAUGCCAGAACCGCCAGCCCUGCCAGAACAGUCUGCCAUGCCAGAACAGCCAGCCUUGCCAGAACAGCCUGCCAUGCCCGAACAGCCAGCCCUGCCAGAAAAGCCAGUCCUGCCAGAACAGCGAGCCCGGCCAGUACAGCCAGCCCUGCCAGAACAGACAGCAAUGCCAGAACCGCCAGCCCUGCCAGAACAGCCUGCCAUGCCAGAACAGCCAGCCCUGCCAGAAAAGCCAGUCCUGCCAGAAAAACCAGUCCUGCCAGAACAGCGAGCCCGGCCAGAACAGCCAGCCCUGCCAGAAAAGCCAGUCCUGACAGAACAGCGAGCCCGUCCAGAUCAGCCAGCCCUGCCAGAACUGUCUGCCAUGCCAGAACCGCCAGCCCUACCAGAAAAGUCAGCCCUGCCAGAACAGCCAGCCAUUCCAGAACCGCCAGCCCUGCUAGAAAAGCCAGUCCUGUCAGAACAGCCAGCCCAGCCAGAACAGCCAGCCCUGCCAGAACAUCCAGCCUUGCCAAAACAGCCAGCCCUGCUUGAAAAGCCAGCCCUGCUUGAAAAGCCAGCGCUGCCAGAACAGCCAUCCCUGCCAGAAAAGCCAGCCUUGCCAGAACAGCCAGCCCUGCCAGAAAAGUCAACCCUGCCAGAAAAGCCAGACUAUCCAGACAAGCUAAAAAUCACCACCAGCAAACCAGCCUCAGGAAACCUUGCUUUGUUCAUAAUCAUUCAAAUUACGUUGCUAGUCACCGUCUACUUCAGCAAAACAUAUUUCACAGCACCGAGCUUCACCUAUUCUGGCCAUAACAAGUAUGAGCGUCAACUCCUUACUUUGAGCAUGUUGACUGGGCCCCAGCUGGUGGUCAACGCGCCUCCGCGCCGCUGCCACACCGCGGGCCGGACGGUCACACCGAACCAUCCUGCUACUGUCGUGUCCGGCUCGCAAGUCCCGUACCUAACACUCGCGCGCCACCGCUGA